AUGGGAUCACAACCUUCAAAGGGACAUCAGGUGCAGCAGCAGCAGUUGGGGCUGAGGGAGCAGCUGAGGGCAGGUUCGGGCAUGGUGGUGCUGGUGGUGGCAGGCACAGCAGCAGGCAGCGCGGACCCCUUCAUUCAGCGCCUGGCGUGCAGCAUUGCUGCCAGAGGCCACGUGCCCGUAGUUCUCAACCUCAGAGGAUGUGGUAACAGCCCCCGUUACCUCCCCACGUGGACUCCCCCUGUGACUCCCCCUGUGACUCCCCCUGUGACUCCCUUGUGA